AUGGAAAAGGGUUCAGCUUCUGGUGCGCAGGACUCACUCAAUGGUUUGAACUUUGGCAAGAAAAUAUAUUUUGAGGAUGUAGGUAGUGCAGUUCAGGAUAAAACUGGAUGUGGGCGGUCGCCGGUGGUGGCUCCCGGGCUUCCACCACCGGUGCCGUCAAAGAAGGGGAGGGGUGGUGGGGUACAGGGUGGCCAGCCACCCAGGUGUCAAGUGGAAGGGUGUCAGAUAGAUCUGAGUGAUUCUAAGGCUUACUAUUCAAGGCACAAAGUCUGUGGUAUGCACUCCAAGUUUCAAAAAGUCAUUGUUGCAGGCCUUGAGCAAAGGUUUUGCCAGCAAUGCAGCAGGUUUCAUCAAUUGUAUGAAUUUGACCAAGGAAAACGAAGCUGCCGCAGAAGACUUGCCGGACACAAUGAGCGUCGAAGGAAGCCACCACCUAGAUCUCUAUUGUCCACUCGCUAUGGAAACUUUUCUUCAUCCGUCCUUGAAACCCAUGGCAGAAACGGAGGUUUAAUGAUGGACUUCUCUUUCUACCCAAGUCCAGCCGAGAGGAAUUCAUGGCCAAAUAUGUUGUCAUCUGAACGAGGACUGGGGAAUCAAGUUACCAUCACUGGGAAGUUUCUUCCACCAUGGCAUAGCAACCCAGAGAAUCCUACAUCCUUUCUUCUGCAAGGUUCAACUAGUGCCAGCUAUUUAGGUCCGGGAUUAUCUUCCGGAAGUUUCAGUGGAGUCUCGGACUCCGUCAGUGCUCUCUCUCUUCUGUCAAAUCAGCCCUGGGGCUCUAGAAACAUACCCUCGAGUCCCGGGCUAAACACCUUAUAUGGUGCCAAUGGGGCAUCCGUGGUUCAGCCAUCAGUUGCACAUGGUAUUCCUGUUGGCAACUUUUUGAGUCUUCCAUGGGGUUUCAAAGACAACCAAGCUAGUACCGGUUCCCAAGAGAUCCCUCCUGAUCUUGGCUUAGGUCAGAUUUCACAUCCGGUCAAAAGUCAGUAUUCCAAUGAGCUUGAGACUGCUCAACAGGGUGGAGGACAAUUCCAUGAACUCGAGCUCUCGACUGGUUAUACUUCCUCGGUCGAGCAUAUGCACUGGUCACUUUGA